AUGACAUCCAAGGGUGGAGCACGCAGGUCAUUGGUGCCACCAGUGGACUUGGAUGCUUUGCGAAAAAAUUUUGAGACAGCUGUGGCCACCCAAGGUGCUGAUGCUUUUAAACUUGGUGACUAUCAGGAGAAAAGUGUAAGCACAGCUGUGAGCUCUGCAGGUUUGCACCACAAUGCAAAGUAUGUCAAGGAGUUCUACAAAAUCUCAGAAGGAGAAAUUCCCUCUGGGCAGUUGAAGCAGUGCAUCCUCAAAUAUGGGUACGCUCACAACGACAGUGAGCAGUGCCUGCAGGGAGCUACAGGGGCUGAAAGGCAAUCCAUUCUUGAAAUUGUGGAUUUGCCAGAUGCUUGCAAGAAAGCAGCCCCAGGUCCUGAGGAUGACCAGGCCUGCAAGAAGGCCAAAGCUGCCAAGGAGACUUCUUCUGCGAAAGCUGCAGAGGCUGGUGGCCAAGGAAGUUCCAGCUCUGCUUCUUUGAAAGAACCCGAGGAGCAGGCCUGCAAGAAGGCCAGAACUUUGAAACUACAAGUUUCAGAUGUUUCUGUGGACUCCCAUGGCUGGCCAGCCAUUCUCAAUUCUCCAAAGGCUGCAAAAGAAGAAGAAGAAGAAGUGAAAGAUUGCUUUUCCAGAAACAUGACAAUUCUGGAAAAAAUGAGGGUAAGCUGCAAGGAGCAGCUGGAUAAAGCUGCACAAGAGGCAGCCCAAGAGUUGGUUGAGAGCAGACCAGGGCUUGAAAGAAGGCCUGAAAGAAGGCCCACAGAGAAGCAAGGACCAAAAAAAGAAGCAGCACCACAGCCAGAACCAUUGGUGGCAGCAGAAGGGCCAAGGCCUGAAAGAAGGCCAUGGUCAGCAGUGAAAAAAGUCAUGGGCAAGGACCAAGCCUAUCUCAUGGGCCUUUUUGGAAGAGAUUGGAAGCUCAUCAUUGGCUGCACCAAAAGAAUGGGAAAGAUUUUCCGAGGUGGGCAUCACGCUGUGAUUUUGGAGCUGGAAAAGGACCCUGAAGUCCAAGCCAGGAAAGAGAAGGGCCUGAAAGAAGGCUUUAAGGAAGACAAGGUUCAGCCUUUGCAUGAAGGGAGCAGAUCCUCCUCCUCUUCUUAUUCAUAUGAAUACAGUGAAGAGGAGGAGGUAUUUGUGGAGGAGGAGCAGCCAGACUGGCAGGAGGAGGAGGAGAAAGAGGAAAAGGAGGAGGAGGAGCAGCCAAAGAAAAAGGACCCCAAGGACAAGGAAAAGAAAGCUGCAAAGGAGGAGGAGGAGCGAAAGGAGAAAAAGGUUUCCAAGGAAAAGGAAGCUGCAAAGAAGGAGAAGAAGCCCCAAAAGGAAGAGAAGCCCAAGGAGAAGGAGAAGGAAGAUGACAAGGAUAUGGAGGAGGGGAAAACAGCCAAGAAGCGAAAGGAAAGGAAGAAAGUGGUCAAGGAGGAGGAGGAGGGGCAGGAGGAGAAGCAGCAAGAAGGCCUGCAAGAAGGCCAAGUAGGAGCUUCUGAGCCCGAAGCAACUCAGGAAGAAGCAACCCAGGGGGCAACUGCUGAGGAGCAGCAAGAGGGCCUGCAAGAAGGCCACCAACCAGAUGCUUCUGAAGAAGGGAAACCAGCUGCUGAGGCUGAGAUAGAGGAAGCAGCAAAGAUGCUUCCAGAAAGUGUAGCAAAGGCAGCCCAGGCAAGCCUGAAAGAAGGCUCUGAGGCUGGUGCCACUUUGACUUCUUCCAGGCUCAAACUUCACGAAAAAACACAGGCAGCCAUCCAAGGCCUGAAAGAAGGCCACCUGUCAGAGGCUGCAUUCUGGCAGGAAAUCUCCAACAAAGACAGAGCUGCCUUGUGGAAAAAAUAUGAAGGAGCCAGGAACAAAGACCCUGAAGCCGAAGCAGCUUGGCUCCAGAUGGGUGGCCCAGGUGUCCUGGAUCAGAAGAAGCAACUGCUUCUGCACUUCCUGAAGACUGGUCAGGCCCAGGAAGGGGGCUUGAAAAAAAGCCAAGAAGUCGCCAACUCCAAGAAGGAGAAAGAAUGGUUUGAGUGGGUCCCCUGGAAGCAGAUCCUUGACUGGUAUGGGGAAGAGGAGGCCCUGGCCAGGGUAGAGAGUGGUUUAAUAGCAGUGAAAAAGGUGGGAAAGAAAUUCUAUGAAUUUCUCCUGGUGAAGAUCAGGACCGAGCUCACACUGGAGCAAAAAAAAAGGAUUGCUGCUGAGCAAGAAAUAGCACUGCAAGGUGAGGAACUGAAGGCCUGCAAGAAGGCCUUAGCAGCAGCAAGAACAAAACAGGAAUGGGAUGACCUUUGGCUUGAAAAAAAGCCACAGAAAGGCUUCCAGGUUGAAGAUGCUUUGUCAGAACCUUCUGAAACUUCUUCUGAACAUGAGGACGAAAGUUCAGCAGAGCAACAUAAUCCUGCAGCAAGUUUCCUGCAAGGCCUGAAAAAAGGCCAGGCUAUGGUCUCUCAGAAAAAAGAAAAAAGAAAUGAUGACAAGCAGAAGCACCUCGCAAAGGAAGAGAAAGUCAAGGAGGAGGACAGCAGAGCUUGCAAGAAAGCUCAGGCAGAGAAGACUAAGAUUGCCAAAAAAAAGGAAGCAGACAAAAAAUGGCACACAAAGUUAGAGGAAGCCACACAAGUGGGUGAAAACGAAAAGGACAGUAAGGUCAAGAAGAUGCUGGCCUUGGUCAGCAAAGGAGUGGCUGAUUUGAAGAAGGCUUGCAAGAAAGCCAAAGAUGCCAGCUGGGGUGCAGAUGUCCUGCAAGCUCUCAUCAAAUCUAGAGACAGCUUGGAAGAUUUGGCAACAGAUGGUGAGCUGGAAGGCAUCAAGAACCACUUGCUGGAAGCAGCAUCAGCUCUGAAGGCUUUCAAGAAAUUGCUCACUGCCUAG